GUACAUAGUCCGGACUGCAGGAGCUUGCUUGUGUUCUCACCGCUAAUCAAGUUUUCCUCUUCAAGUGUCUAAUUUGGCACCAAACUAUUAUUAUGGCUCAUAUUCAUUCUCACUGACGAACACUUCCCUGGGUUUAUUUUCUCAGUCUGUCUCUCAACUAAUGCAGUUCAGGGAGUGUCUCUAUUUGGGUUCGGUACAUGACCAUGUGGGGUGACCUGACGGGGAGAAGAACCAUGGAAACACAUCGACCCCAACCGGGGAAGAUUAGCAACUCGACUAAACAAACCGCAGCUAUACUUACCUAGUAUACUAACCGUACUGCAGGACCUCCCCCUCCCUUAUCUUCUUACCCACCAUCGUGAUGAGCACCGACCAAAGACCAGGAUACCUGGACUACACUUGACCACUGUGCACUGCACACGCAUGCUGGGUGAAUCAUCCCCCUCCUACCCCACCAAGCCCCGCCAUUCCCGCGCGACCACGUCAAGAACGCAAGGGAGUCCAAACCGAAAAAAAAUAAUAGUGUGAAGAGCCGCAUUGCACGUGAGAGGGUCCUCGCUACAGUACUCAUUCCACUGAGGAAACCUCGUAUCCCCCAAACCCGCCUCCCUCUGCGACUCCCGAAUCAAAAAUCCCCGGAUGGCCUGACGCGCUCAUGGCCCUGCGCUUGUCUGCCGAGCAGGCUGAACGAGUCGCGGAAGGCUUGACGGCCUUUCGUGCCCCUCUUCCCGAACACACCACAGAGAUCACCAGUCUGAUCUCCGACUUUUACGCUAUCAGCUCAUCGCUGUUGAGUCUGGAUAACCUCUCCCGGGAUGCUCGUUAUCGCCGUAGUUGGGCGCUGGUCCACCAAGAUGUGGAUUUGUUGCGCUCGAGUCUGAAGUAUACCAUCGACGAUAUCUUGGAGUUUUUUAACCGGUUGGAUGGCGGUCAUACCACACCCGAUACGUACCAGCGGACAUGGCUGUCGAUAGAUCGGUUCUUCUGGAACGAGGCCCAGUACUCCCUGGGCACUCGCUUGGCCAAAUAUAAGAGCUUUCUCAGGGAGCUCGUUGACUCGGUGAAAGACCCCCGCCACGAGUCCCCGCUCCUUGCCGGCUCCCGCAGUAGCAUGAAGAUGUUACUCGUGGAGCAAGAGAAGCGUCUCGCACCGCGACUCGCACGCAUGUCACUGGGUCGUAACCCGCCAUCUACAAGCAGCACUAGCACAGAUCAACCCAGUCCUCGAAAUGAACGUCGACCGCCGCUUAGGCAACGAUCGUACGAGCGAAGUCGUCCCCCGCAGCUAUCCCCCAAAGCCCCGUUAUCACCGUCCUCUGCGUCGUUUUCCGAUUUCCCUCCAUCUGUACCGGAGGUGCCGAGCUCACCUUUGGGAUCUGCUUCGGCAACUGGUACUAGCCAUUCCACCCAUUCGGAUGCGAUUGAUUACCACUGGAUCAAGGAUGUCUUCUCGACAUAUGAGACUGAGACACCAAUUCCCCCGGGACGAGAAAGAGCCGGCUGCUUUGGCGACCCACAUGCUGGUAUUAAACCCUGGCUUCGGGAGCAAGGAUUUGAGUUGCUCCUUCAAUUAGCCUUCAAUGACGACUCGAAUAUGGUUGUAUACUUCUACCUACGAGAGCGAGAUCACCGUGUUCGUAUUGUUUGCAAGGUCCCACAUAGGUCCCGCGCCAGCGACUACUAUUGUCUACCUUUGAAUCUGUUGGAAGUUAUCCGGGAAGGGUCCUGUCUCCAGCUGUGCCGGAGACGUCAUGGCGGUAGUGAGCUUGUCUUGUGGGCAAGUAUUCAAUUUACAACCAUCGAGAGCAUGGUUGCAUUUUACGUGGCAUUUUUGGCACUCCGUUCCCAAGACGCCGGUCAUCCGGUCGAGGAUAUUCGUGACUACGAGUUGGAUGGUGAACGAGAGAUAUAUGGAGGUCAAAUUAUCGACGACGAGUACCACCAUGCUCUGCGUGUUUACCGUGACAAGACAACCAAAGCGGUCAGACUACAGGCCUCUGUUCACAAAGGCGACAUGGACCACACCCCCGUCUGGACUGCUUUCAUUACCUCCCUCCUAAGCCGUCGCAGCUGGCUGCGUAUCGUAGACGACCGAACCGUCAUCAUCCGCGAUUUGAAACCCAUAAUCUUGAUGGCGACUGAUGACUAUACACCACCGCAGAACAAUCGCGGUGAGCACAUACUGAAGUUUGCAACCCUCGAAGAUGCCGAUGCCUUCUUGGACCAAAUGCAAGCCCUGGCGGCCAAAUAUUAGCGCAACUGUGUUGCUGCUCUUCAGGCUUCUGGCAACAACGUUCCAUCAAGCCUUGGUUAUGACUGAUGAGUUUAUGCUGAUAUGAUUGUCAUGAGCAAGAUCAAAAGUUGGACUUUAGGGGUUUUUGUACUUCUCAUGGCGGAGCUAUUAGUAUUUUGUCCCGUUUUGGAGGUCCUACUGCGUGGGCUUGUAAUUGGAUGCUGGGAUGGGUGGUGGAGUGCUGGUUCAGCU